ACUGUAUGUAUGUACCUACCGCAUGUAUGUAGCCCCUGCCCCGCAGAGCUUACAAUCUGAUUGGGAGGGAGAGUUACACAGAUCAUUACCAGGAGAUUCCCCAGUGCGGCAGGAAUAUCUGGAUCGGGCUGUGAGUGGGUGAGACUGCGGGCAGUGCCCUGGGGAGCAGAUGGCAGAGAAUGGCAGCAGGAAGGAAGCCCAGGGUCGGACUCAGUGCCCCCAGUGCCAGCAGCCUUUCUGCCAGCCCCGGAUCCUGCCCUGCCUGCACACUCUGUGUGGGGGGUGCCUGGCCAAGCUGGAGCCCUUCAGUGCCCUGGGCAAGGGGCACAGCGCUGGCACCCACUGGAGCGUAUUGUGCCCGGUGUGUGACUCUGAAGUGGCGCUGCCAGCUGGAGGGGUAGAAGAGCUGUUACCGGAUUGGUUGGCAGAGGCUGAGGUGCUGCUUGCCCAAGUGCAGAGCGGGGGGCUGGCGCUGCCAUGUGACCUGUGCAGGGAGGGGCAAGCAGAGAAGCGCUGCCAGGAGUGCAAGGUGAACGUGUGUGAGUUCUGCUGCCAAGCGCACAGGCGGCAGAAGAGGACGGCGGCGCACCCCCUGCACCCCCUGCAGGACCUGUCCCUGGGGACCAUCCUCCCACCUGCCCCCUGCUGCACGUUGCACCCCCUGGAGGCACUUGGGUUGUUCUGUGAGCCCUGCACCGUGCCCUGCUGCCGGGACUGUGCCAUCGGCCAUCACAGGGGCCACGAUCUCCGGCCGGCGGCUGAAUGUGCCGGGGGGCACCGGGAGUCUCUGCUCAGGGCCCUACAGGAGGCUGAACCCCAUAUAGAGCAGCUGGAGGCUGCCCUCGGGGGGGUACAGGAGGCGGGGAAGGCUCUGGGGCAGAGAGCUUUGGGGCUGAGGGCAGAGGUUGAGGCCUUCAUUGAGGGGUAUGUGAGGGCUGUACUGGAGCACAAAGCUGCCCUGCUGAGGGACAUUGAGGAGGAGACACAGCGGAGGCAGCAGGUUCUGGCCCUGCGAAAGGCCCAGUUACAGCAGCAGCUUUUGGACCUACGCACUGCCUCAGGCUUCACUAGAGACCUGGUGGCCCGGGGCCCAGACCUCCAUCUGCUCCAAGCCCAGGGCUUGGCACUCACCCGCCUAAAGGAACUGAACCAGGGGGCACCCAGGGCGGCAGAUCAGAACAACCCUGCGGGCAUCCAGUUUAGUCCCUGGGAGGAGGCCGGACUGUGCCAAGGGUACCAAAUGCAGGGGGUGCUGCAAGUAAAGGCAGCGGAUCCUGGCAAAUGUGAGGCCCGGGGGGCAGGUCUCCAGUCCGUGUGCCAGGGGCAACCCGCCAGCUUCACCUUCUUCUGUAGAACUGCAAGUGGGGACCCCGUGCUGGGGGGGCAGCCGCCAAGCGUCACCAUUGUACACAAGGACACAGACAGAUCUCUCCAUCCAUCCAUCCAAGACAAUCAAGAUGGCACCUUCCACAUCUCCUAUUUGGCCCCGGAGCCCGGGGAGCUCUCCAUCAGCGUCAGCCUGAGGGGCCAACACACCCCGGGCUCUCCAUUCAGUGUGAAGGUGAGGGGCAAAUCUCAGCGACACCCAGGCAUCUACCACUGCUGUACAUUCUGCUCCAGCGGGGGCCAGAAGGAGGCUCGGUGUGGAUGUGGUGGCACCAUGCCAGGUGGCUAUCAGGGCUGCGGCCAUGGUCACAAGGGCCACCCUGGCCAAUCCCACUGGUCAUGUUGUGGAGCCACCAAGGAGAAAUCAGAGUGUUUAGGAGUCAGUUCCUCUGCCCCCCGAAACCUGUUGCGCACUGUGGCUCUGUGAUGGAGAUGUGGGGCCGUCGGGUCACAUACUGGUACUGGUGGGAUCCCAUGGAGAACUGAACCAGGAACCCAGUCUCCCACCACAGGUACAAUGCGGAUCUACAACUGGCUCCUCCCAAUGCGCUGCACUCGGCUGAAAGAGGAGCCCAGCGUGGGAUUGUGGGUGUGGCUGGUCUGCCGUGGCUUCUGGGAAAUUGGUACCUGACCGUACCAAUCUGUAUGUGCCCCUGUGUAGGGAGCGAAUGGGCCAAGGAACCAGAACCACUCGAUGAUGAUACUGCUGUUAGAUUUCUGCUGCUGAACAGACUCCCCAAUGUGAGUGCUGUUACUGUGGGGUAACCCCACACUCAGGUGCCCCCCAAUACACUGCACUGGCGCCUAAUGGGUCAGUUUAACUCAGGGUUAUAAGAACAUUAAAAUAUCCUUCUCUCCAGCAGUUGGUUCUGCUCA